CACGUUUCAAGAAUUAGAAAACAUGGCUGAGUUUACUAUCGACGAUCAAAAGCUGGAGGCCCUGAAGGGCAAGGUUGUCAUCGUGACUGGAGGAUCUUCCGGUAUUGGUUUAUCCACUGUUGACUUGCUUUUGUCGCUUGGCGCCUCGGUAGUCAGCGGCGAUGUGCAGCCUCCCCCGGAGGAGCACAAGGGAUCAUUUACCUUUGUCAAGACAGAUGUUUCAGUCUGGGGUGAUUUGAUUGCGCUAUUCAAGAAGGCCAAGGAGGUUUAUGGCCGUAUUGACCAUGUUUUUGCGAAUGCUGGUGUUGGACCUAGGACGGAUUACUUGGCUACUGAGGUUGAUGAGAAUGGAGACUUGAAGGAGCCCUCGCACCAGCUUCUUGACAUUAGCUUGAAGGGAGUCAUCAACACUUCGACCCUGGCUAUUAACUAUCUGAGACAACAGCCUGAAGGAGGUAGCAUUCUUAUUAGUGGCUCGACGACGGGUCUUCAGCGUGUUCGAGCUGUGGAUUACUCCACCGCCAAGCACGGUGUUCUAGGCUGGGGACGCGGUCUCGUGCCCCUGCUCGCCGCAGCUCAGCUUCCUAUCCGCGUGAACACACUAGCACCUAGCUGGACAGACAGCAGUGUCUUGCCAUCGCUGAAGGCUCUUCUUGAUGCCAUUAACGUUGAACUACAGCCUGCUUCUGUUGUCGCACGUUGCGCCGCUUUCCUUAUGGCUGAUUCGUCCAAGAACGGACAGGUUGUGCAUAUUGAGCGUGGAAAGUAUGCUGAGAUUGAUGAGGCUGUUUUAUUGCCGACAUUUGGAAAGAUUAAGAGCGAUGAUUAUCCUUGGGAGGACGAUGUUUUGGACCGUCUUACAAAGCUUGGUUAAAUUACGCCGUGGUUGCUUGGGCUGUUGUAAAG